AUGGCCGACAAUCAUGUUCUCCAUAGAGACAUCCUCUCUGACGUCCUGAGCAGGUUGGGCUUUCACCGACCGGAUGAGACACGGAGCGUCCUCCUCCUAAAUGUGUUGCUGCUGGGCAACAAGCAAAGUGGGCGGAGCUCUGUGGGGAACGCUUUGAUUGGUGGGGAGGAGUUUCAAACAGGCAUCGGUUUGGGUGUUUCCGUUACGACUGAGUGUCGCGUCCGCAGCAGGAACUUUCCAGGGUAUUUCAGGAGGCAGGGGGCGGAGUCUGACCUAAUGAUACGGGUUAUUGACACGCCCCCUUCMAUGCCACGCCCACACACUCUAAACGAACUCUGUCCUGAGGGCGUGCACGUGGUGAUGGUCGUGGUCAGGGUCGACCAAGUGCAUGAAAACACCCAGAUUCAACGAUACGCAGAAAGUCUUUUGGGGUCAGAGUGGCACCGUCACACUUUGCUCGUCUUCACUCACGCCGAUCUCCUGGAAAAGGCGGGACUUCGUCCAUCCGUCUACCUCGCUCACACUCCUGAUUCGCUGAGAGASAUGGCUGAAGAGGUUGGGGGAGGAGUUUAUUUCUUAGACAACUGCUCUGAUUGGCCAGCAGUCAGGGGACGUCCACUGAGAGACCAGCUGCUCCGCCUCUCAGCCAAGAACCAUCACAAAGCUCUAAGAGUCAGAACAGAGGUCUCACUCUGACAUAAAUUCUGAAACACUUUAUCUCUCAAACUCCAUGAAAGAUUUCUUGUCCUUCUUUUAAACAUAAAAUAACUUUGUACUUUGUUUUAUUUGCUGUAGAUUAAAAAAUAUAUUUAGUUGGGCUUCAUCUAAGCAUAUUUGGGAAAACAUUUUUAGAUGAGAUCCACAACCCAGAAAUGAAGAACGSGUGUCAUCAUGUUUGAAUUUCUGGAGGCAGGAUAUCAUCCAGCUGUUCCACACAUCUGUAAUGUUUGGAGUAAAAAAAUUUAAAUAAAAUACAAAAAUAAUGAAUA